AUGUUGAGUGCUGACGGUAUUAGCCAUUCUUUUGACAAGAAAGCGAAUGGCUACGGGCGGGGCGAAGGGCUGGGUGCAGUCUUGUUGAAGCCCCUUAGCAGAGCCUUAGAAGACAAAGAUGCCAUUCGGGCUGUCAUCCGUGCCACUGGUACGAACCAAGAUGGCCGCACUCCGGGUAUUACAAUGCCAAAUCGCGCAGCACAGGCUGAUCUGAUUCGAACGGUCUAUGGCUCAAGCUCACUUUCUAUGCGAGCGACUACUUAUUUUGAAGCUCAUGGGACCGGCACCGAGAUUGGCGAUCCAAAUGAGUUGUCAGCUAUUGGAGACACCCUAGGAGCUGCUCGAUCCAUCGAUGACAUGCCCAUUUAUGUCGGAUCUGUCAAGAGCAAUAUCGGUCACACGGAAGGCGCAGCCGGUGUGGCAAGUUUGAUCAAAGCGGUGCUCUGUGUUGAAAAGGGCUUUCUUGUUCCAAACGCAGGGUUUUCUCAAAUUAACCCAAAGAUUCAUCUCAACGAAUGGAGGCUUCGACUCAGUGAUGAGACUAUUCAUUGGCCUCCGCAUCUCCCCAGGCGUGUCAGUAUAAACUCAUUUGGUUUUGGUGGCUCGAAUGCCCACGCAAUUAUUGAAAGCGCCUCCGAAUAUUUUGGCUCUUCUAGGAAAGUGACUGCUACUUCAGAGGAAAAGAUUCCGCAGGUGAUUGUCUUUUCCACAUCUGACAAGGAUGGUAUCGACCGGAUAAUCCGGAAAUGGACGCCAUUUCUUCACACUCUGAGUGAUGCUGGAAAUGGUGAGUCACUGCGGGAUAUCGCCCAUACAUUGGGCACCCGCCGCUCACAAUUGGCUUUCCGCAGCUUUGCAGUGGCCGAUUCUGUAACCGAGCUGCUUGAUGCACUAAACCAGGGACUACCACAUUUCUCGCGGGCCAGUCGGACCUCCCAUGCUAACUUGGCUUUUAUCUUUACCGGACAAGGAGCUCAGUGGGCAGGAAUGGGUCGAAGUCUCCUUAGAGUCCCUAUUUUCGCGCAGAGCGUGAAACGCAGUCAGCAACUUCUCUCGAGUCUCGGUUGCACCUGGGAAUUGGUCGAGGAAAUUGAGGCGGAUGGCGCCUCUUCACACAUAAAUCAGCCCGAUAGGAGUCAAUCAAUAUGCUGUGCCUUGCAGAUUGCCCUAGUGGAUCUUUUAGCCAGCUGGGGAGUGCACCCAAAAGCUACCGUGGGCCAUUCCAGCGGUGAAAUAGGCGCAGCAUACGCGGCUGGCUUCCUUACUCAUGAAGACGCCAUCCGCGUUGCAUAUUUCCGGGGCAUACUAUCUCUACGGCUAUCCCAAAACGGACGGAGAGGAGGCAUGUUGGCGGCUGGAAUAUCCGCUGCAAAUGCCCAGGAGUAUAUCAACACCAUGCCUCUAGGAUCUGUUGUAAUAGCAUGUGUCAACAGCCCCCAAAGUGUCACUCUCUCGGGAGAUACUGAUCGGAUUGAACAGCUGGAAAAGCUGAUUCAGGCUGACAAGUUAUUCGCACGUAAGCUACGGGUCCAGACGGCGUAUCAUUCUCCACAUAUGUACGACUUGGCCGAUGAGUACAAAGAAGCACUACAGUGCAUCCUACCGCAAGAGGGUCGCCAGGGCACGAUUGCUAUGUUUUCAUCUGUUACGACAGAGCGCGUGCACGCGAAAGACUUGGGUGCAGCCUACUGGGUACAAAACAUGGUCAGCACCGUAGAAUUCGCCUCCGCGGUCUCAAAGUUAGCUACGAUGGCCGAGGCCCGCAAGGGACGCCGUCGCCUAGUGCCUGUGAAGUGGGGCGCUUUCCUUGAGAUUGGCCCGCAUGAAGCAUUAAAGGGUCCUUUCACCCAAACCCUACAUUCCGUUGAUGGUAGCUUGGCAGCGUUACCUUACCAAGGUCUCAUUCAGCGGGAUACAGAUGCCGUCAAAACUGCUCUACAAGCCGCGGGGCUCCUCUGGAGUCUUGGUACCACGAUAGACAUUGCAGCCGUUAAUUCUAGCAUCAGCUGUUCGACCCCAGGUCUCGUCACCGACUUGCCAUCGUACCCAUGGAAUCACAAAUCCUCCUUUUGGCACGAGCCGGUGGCAUCAGCGCGGCUCUGGCGGCGUAAAGAACCUCGUCAUGAUCUACUCGGUGUUCCGUGGGAGUAUCAGAAUGACAUAGAGCCACGUUGGCGCAACUUCCUUCGGGUUUCCGAGAUGCCAUGGUUAUCGGAUCACGUCGUCGCCGGCUCCAUCAUCUUUCCAGCCGCAGGAAUGGUUGCACUAGUAGCCGAAGCUGUGCGUCAGCUAGCAAGUAGCCAAGAAAUACUAAAAGGGAUCGAAUUCAACGACCUUUCGUUCUUACAGGGUGUCGUUAUUCCAGAUGACGAACGCGGCCUUGAAAUAGUCCUUCACGUGGCACCACAUCAUGGUGUUCGAGGUUGGUAUGAGUUUGGCCUAUUCUCGUUGCCCAAGGGAGCCUCGUGGAUCAAGCAUGCAGUUGGCACAUUUGUGAUGCAUCACGAUUACCAGGGUAUCCCUAUAAGCACGAGAGACUGGAGCCGAACUACAGAGCAUUUCAGCAACAUGGAAGAUGCUGUAUCCGAGACCGAAGCUGAAGCUGUCUAUGAGUGGCUCUCUAAGACCGGGGGUGUUUCUCUGGGACCUACCUUCAGGUCUAUCUCCAGAGCUUUGUUUUGCAAGAGCCAGCCUCGCCUAUGGAUUGAGGGUGUCGUGCCCGAUACCAAGCGGCUGAUGUCCCAUGAGCGGGAAUCUGCCUACUUCAUGCAUCCAACCUCACUCGAUGCCCUCUUUCAGGCUGCGGUUUUGAGCUGUUCGGGUGGACUCGGCAACCAAAAUGCCAAUAUCCCGGUCGGCGUUGAGAAGCUCUACCUGCCGACUGACAUAGAUUUUCAGGCCGGGGAUCGAUUUAACAUUUAUACUACAACUCGUUCUCAAGAUGCGGGUGGAUUACGUUCAGACUCAAUGGCUUCAGAUGCCUCUUGGAGCCGGCCAACUGUUCUACUACAGGGCAUUCGGCUCGGUCGGGUUCCAAUAGCCAAGAAAUCGGCUGGCGCUACAGACCAAAGCCAAAUCAGCCAUUAUUCGUCUAUUUCCUGGAUAGAGCAUCCGAGAUUCUCGAAGUGGGAUGCGGUAGGCGGCCAAACCGGCAACGAUCAUCUAUCCGAAUGGCUGCAACGCAUCUGUCACACCUGCGGUGAUGUCCGAGCCCUCAUUAUCGCUCAACCAGACCAAAGCAGCCGGGUUAUAAAAGCUGUUCAGCCCUUAAUGCCGGCUAAAUGCCACCGGUCCUGUCUGCAGGAGCUCACCGUAGUCCUGUUAGGCACAGAUGCACUUACGCAGGCUCAGACCGUUGCAGUUCAAGAACUACUUCCCAGUGCCCAAGUGCUACAGAUUGCAACACUACAGAACCUUUCUUCAGCCUUGGCGGAUGAAAAAUCUUUCGAUGUGGUGUUGGUAGAUACACCAAGUAUCCGGACUGCUGCAGAUAUUGAAACGAAUCUUGCCACAUUUAGUUCCAUCGCUCAGUCUGAUGGCUGGUUGGCUCUGCAUACCUCUGCUGCAGAAUCGGAUAUUUUGAGCCAUGUCGAGAAAUCCUCGACCUGGGACGUCGGAAAUCUCGUCGGCAAAACGAUCAUCUCAUUACUCGAGCUUGAACAUCCAUGGGUUUCAUCCUGGACUGCAGAAUCUAUGGCGCAGUUCCAGGCCCUUUUGGAUGCCAAUUAUGUCUUAUGGAUUUCUCCUAGCACUGCUUCAGCCAAAGAUGCUGGUGCUGCUGCAUUUGGCGCUACCACUGGACUCCUUCGCACGCUGCGCAACGAAAACCGCGGUGUAAUUUUACCACAGCUGCAGUUCGAAACUCUGAAAGCUGGUGAUGAGCACCUUUUUGCCCAGAGUAUCUUACACGUAAUGCAACUGACCCUCUCUCCGGUCAAUCGGUCCAGCCAUGACCAGGAGUUCCGGUUCCAGGAUGGUCGUAUCCUGGUACCGCGGGUGAUUGCUGCCGAGCAGGUGGACAAGGCAAUGGAUACUUUACUCUAUGGUCCUCAGCCUAUUCUGGGCCAUCUCUGUAAUGAUGGACGCCCUCUCCGUUUGCAGCGAGACCCCCAGGACACCCAGCGUGGCCAUUGGGUAGAGGAUUCUGACUUGGUGGCUCCGCUACCAAACGAUCAGGUUGAAGUGCAAGUGCAACUGCAAACUAUCGCACUGCCAGAUGAGUCUUCGGGCAAAACGCCUGAAGCGGGAAUAAACGCUCUUGAAGCAGUCGGAACCAUAAAAGCUCUAGGAGGUGCGGCAACCGCAGACUUCGCGGUGGGAGACACGGUUGUCCUGCUGAAGCCUGGCAGUGAAUUAGAAAUCGCGCUAGCAACCCGUGUGCGAGUCCCUAUAUCUGCCAUUGCGAGGCUUCCAACGGGACUGACGUUGGAGCAGUCAGCGUCAGUCCCUCUGGCCUAUACCUUAGCGUUUACCUCUCUGUUUGAUACCGCACGCCUCGGCCCGCACGACUGUUUCCUCGUGGUUGGGCCCCUUAGCCAAACACUGCGGGCAAUCCUCAACUGUGCUCUCAUGGUCCCAGGAAUGCAAGUUUACGUGGCGACAACAACUGUGGUGGACGCCGACGAAGUCAUUUCUCAGUAUCCAGUUCCACCCCAACGCGUCAUGUGCGUUGACGGCGCCCUUCAUACGACAAUCGGUCACUUGUCGGGCGGCAAAGGUGUAUCUGCUGUUGUAUCAUGUAUUGGUGGCUCCACUGGCCGACUCGCCGCUCAGAGCUUGCGCCUUGGGGGGCAUUAUGUUGAUAUCAGCGGGGACAUGACACCGGCGGCUUUACCUAACUCAUUCCUAGAGAAAGGCUGCACCUUCUCCUAUUUAAACUUGAACAUCCUGUUCAAGGAGCAAGCUGAUCAGGUCUACUCCACUUUCCGUCGCGCUAUGGCUGCCGUGUGCUCCCAACAUUGCCUCCAUCCCACCAGCGUCUUCCCCGUUGCCGAAUGGACCGAUGCAAAAGACCAUGCUCACAAUACCGGUUCAAGAGCAACUAUAAAUCUCACUGUUCCUGGUGAUGUGCUCAUUGAACCCGCUCUACCAAUGGAUGAUGUAUACCUGCCCCGUGAACAUACCUUCAUUCUGGCCGGUGGAAUUGGCACGCUGGGCUUGGCCUCAGCUAGCACUCUUGUCGAAAACGGCGCACGUCAUCUUGUGUUUCUUUCGCGUUCAGGUGUCAUACAAGAUGCUUUCAGACCGGCUAUUUACAAGCUCACGAGCCAGGGCUGUCAAAUCGACGUCAUACGCUGCGACAUUUCCAUGGAGAACAAUGUUCGGAAACUCGUUGCCCAAGUUCGCGAGAAUAAGUGGCAGGUCAAAGGUGUUUUACAGUGUGCAACAGUGCUCAAGGAUGCUAUGUUUGAGAAAUUGACAUUCGAAGAUUGGAAGCUCUCCACUGAGGCCAAGAUUUCUGGAACCCUCAAUUUGCACCGCCUCCUAGCCGACGAAGAAUUGGAUUUCUUCGUCACCUUGUCUUCUGUCGCUAGUGUGGUCGGCAACAUAGGACAGUCCAACUAUGCUGCGGGCAAUGCGUUCAUGGAUGAGCUGAUGAACUGGCGACGAGCUCAUGGGCUCCCAGGAAACAGUAUCAAUAUUGGCCUGGUUCCCGACGCGAGUGGAGUGGGUGAUGUUACUGAGUCGCCUGAACAGCGUCGCCGACGAUAUAGUCAUUUGGAAGGCACGGAGAUCCUUACUCACGAGCUGCAGACACUACUGCGGUUGAUUCUGCAUCGCCAGGUGCCGGUACCGGCGCAGAUCAUUGCAGGAUUGACCGACAAUUUGUCUCGGGAGGGAGGUGCAUCGUGGCACUACGACCGCAAGUUUGAUCAUCGAAUCUUGCCGCUCCCUGCCAACACAGGUACUGGCUCCGUUAAGACUAGUUCCCUGCUCAAGAGGGCCGGUUCUAUUGACGAGGCUAUACACGUCGUUGUUCAGGGGUUGCAGGAGUAUCUAGCGAGUGCCAUGGCUGCCUCGUCUGACUCAAUUGACCCAGAAUUGCCUCUAUCUGCCUUGGGAGUCGAUUCCCUCAAGGCAGUCGAAGUCCAAAAUUGGGUUUCACGCGAGAUGGGGGCUGAAUUAUCAUCCUUCGAGUUUCUAGGAUCGCAGCCCUUGAGGGCUUUGUCGGAGAGGAUUGCCCGAGAGAGCUCAUAUGUGACUAUUUCCAAGCUAGAGAACAUGUGGUAG